UGUAAAAGAAAACGCCGAUUUCCGUGGAUCUGACAUAAAAAUGGUACCUAACGUGGUCUCUAUAGUGAAGUGUAAAGCUCUGUGUACUGCCCAGACCGGGUGUGCUUCCCUUACCCACCAACCGUCCACCUUAAGGUGCUUCCUCAAGAACAGAGAGUUCAGUGAGGCUCAAUCCAUAUCUAUGAACGGGGUUAACAGUAGGAAUAUGAAAUGUCCUAAGGCUAAGCUUGAGGGAGCAUGGACGCAGAUUGCAGGGGGUCUUACAAGGAUCAACAAGGGGAAGUCUGGAGUGUGGGGUGUCAACAGUGGUAGAAACGUCUACAAGCUUAAUGAGGACGGAGCAAGCUGGACCCAAAUAACCGGACAAGCUUUAACCCACGUGGCGUCAGGAUCCGAGGUGUGGGGAGUUAACAAAAUUCAGGGAUCUCCAGGUGAAAUCUACAAGUACCUGGGAGAUAACAAAUGGCAAACAAUCCCCGGCCAACUCAUAAACGUUGAUGUGAGCGAUAAUGGAAAUGUCUGGGGAGUCAACGGAGCCGGCAGCAUCUAUAGAAGGCGAGGUGACUCGUGGCAGGAAAUCCAAGGGAAAGCUAUAGAAGUCAGUGUUGGAAUGGCAGGAGUGUGGGUAGUCAACUCAGCAAACAACAUUUACUACAGAGCCGGAACACGUGGUGAUAACAACAUUUCUGGGACCACUCUUAAAGUUCUAACUGUCCCACUUUUACAGUGGGUGUUGGUGCCAGGAAAGCUGAAGUGGAUAGCUUCAGGAAGAGACAUUGUGGUCGGAGUGAAUGCAGCUGAUGACAUAUAUUACCGGGAGGGAAUCAGCAACGCCGCCCCCACAGGUACUAAAUGGGUCAAGUUACCCGGAAAACUAAGUCAAAUCAGUGUAUUUGAUGACCAAGUACUUGGAACAAAUAAAGCACAAAACAUCUACAAGACACCUUACAACGCUCCAAAAGUCCCAGUUCUAGCAGGACAAACAAGCAAAGGACUCGGCGGUCUGCAGGUUGGAGACAAGAUCACAUACUCCGGUGUUUUUACACCAGCUGUCGCCAGGUUCGGAAUGAACAUCAAGGACAGUGCAUCUAACUACCUCUUCAGAAUGGCUUUCAGGCCCGCUGGGGAUGGAAGCAUCCUAGUUAUGAACUCUCGAAAGAAUGCAAAUUGGCAGGGAGAGCUGAGAGCACCCCUUCCAGCUUUCGAAGCGGGCAAAGAGUUCAAAAUCACCGUUUCAGUGUUGGAGGAUAAGUAUAUUGCGUCUUUUAACGGGGAGGUAAUGCCUGGAGUUAACUUCCCAAAGAGGCAGGCCUACAGCGGUGCUACAAAGUUUGAAGUGUUUGGGGGAGCAGCGCUGAAGGCAGGCGGAGUGCCUAUAUUGUGGAAUACCAUUAUCAGAGAGAAACCCCUAGGUGAGGGUGAGGGUGAGGAUGAGGACGAGCCUGAGGUUAACAUUCUGACGAAGGAUCUUGUAGCCACCCAAAACAAUGUAGGAUGGGGUGGAGUUGCCGCACGAGCAAUUGAUGGAAACACAAACGGGCAAUGGCCAGCUGGAACCUGUACACACACCUCCUCUAACAUCAAUAACUGGUGGAGGGUAAAACUUGACGGAAUGUACAAAGUAGACAGAGUUGUCCUUUAUAAUCGGGAGGACUGCUGUCAGAACAGAAUAAACCUCGCUAGGGUAUAUGUAGGAGCUGUGCUGUGUGGAGAGGUAGCCUUCAAAGCUGGACAGAGUAAGUACGUGGUAUCUUGUGGAGGAGCUGUAGGAGGAGCUAUCAAGGUGAGCUUGCCCUACAACUACCUUACCCUUUGUGAGGUGCAGGCGUACGGUCAGGAAACCGAGGAAACACCGCUCACCAAUGUCGCUGCAGGAAUGCCUGCUUGGAGUAGCAGUGUCGGGUGGGGCGGGGUAGCAUCACGAGGGGUAGACAGGAAGAGUAGUGGUAUCUGGGCUAUGGGAACCUGUACCCACUCUGCCAACGCUGGCUUCAAUCAGUGGAAGGUGGACUUACUGGACCACUUUGAUGUGGACGCUGUUGUUAUCUACAACAGGUUGGACUGUUGCCAGAACAGAAUUAACGGCGCUAAGGUAUAUGUUGACGACACCCUGUGCGGUGCAGUGGAGUAUAUAGCCAGUAACAGUGUGUUCCGUGUUAACUGUAACGGAGCCAGUGGUUCCAAGGUCAGUGUCACCCAGGACGGACAGUAUCUGACUCUGUGUGAGGUCCAAGUUCUUGCUAAGCCAAGUGAUGAUCUAGGAGCUCUAAUUAAUGUAGCUGAUGACGGUACUGCUACCCAGUCUACAGUUGGCUGGGGUGGUGUAGCUUCCAGAGCUAUCGACGGAAACAUUGAAGCUAAAUAUGCUGAAGGAAGUUGUUCCCACACUGGAAACGUUAACAAUGGAUGGUGGCACCUGGAAUUCCCAGAACCAGUACCAGUUUCCAAGGUGGUUAUCUACAACAGAAAGGACUGCUGUGGAAACAGGAUUGAUGGAGUCACGGUGUACGCAGAUGAUUUCCUUUGUGGAACUAUUAAAUAUGUAGAGAAACAAGACGUUUACAAAGUAGCGUGUAAAAGUGACACGGUUGAGACUGUGGUUGCAACUAACAUCAGGAUUAAAGCUGCUCCUAAACAGUUCCUCACACUGUGCGAGGUUAAAGUAUUAUCAGACCCUACAGCAGAGUUGGGAAAGGAUAAUCUAGUGAACUUGGCCUACCUGAAACCUACUUCUCAGUCAUCUACCGGGUGGGGAGGGGUUCCUGACAGGGCUGUUGAUGGUAAAGAGUCCGGCACUUAUUCCAAGGGAACAUGUACACACACUACAGGACCUGGAUGGUGGAUGGUAGAUUUGAAGGAUAACUGCGCUGUAGAGAAAAUCUGGAUCAAAAACAGGAUGGACUGCUGUAGUGACCGAAUUGAUGGUGUUAAGGUUUACGUAGGAGACUUCCUUUGUGGAACUGUCAAGUACAACCCAAUGAAGUACGCGUACGAGGUGGAGUGUGAGGAGGGACACGGAGCUGUGGGACAGACUGUUAAAAUUGUUAACGACAAAACUUUCCUCACCCUCUGUGAAGUCAAGGUAUGGGGACCUAAAGACCCAGUAAUUGAGGACAUGGCCUCGGAAGAUGAGGUUGUUGGUGAUAAGAGUGCUGCUGUUGAUGACGCUACAUCCGCCGCUUCCUGUCCUGUCGGAAAGGUUGUAACGUACUGUGAAGUAGCAACAGGACAAGUUGGUGUGAACUCUGAUGGAGCAUUAGUAAACGCUCAAACUGGGGCUAUCUGUGUGGCUUACAACGGGUGGGGAGGUGCUGGAGUCAUUGCUAAAGCAGUGUGCACAGAGAAUGAACAGAUUGGAGACCCCUGUAACGGACCCAAACUCCAGAAAUACAAACAUCUUUACAGUAAGGGAGCCAGUCCUAGUCUGGAGUGUCCUGUUGGUUAUGAGCCUGUCAUCUGUAACGCUCACUCCUUCUGGUGGGAUCAACUCACAAACAAAGGAAUCAGUGGUGUAGGAGUAAUUCCUAACGAUGCUGCAUGUGCUGUGCCUAACUGCAGUGACCAGAAGUGGUGUGAUGUAACCCUCGUCUGCAAACUAAUGGAUGACUUGAACGCGUACGCAGCGAAGGUGUGUCCGGACUGUGAAGGUUGGAACUGUGCUGCUGAGGAAGUGUGUGAUAUGGUAGAAGCGGAGGAUGACUCCGAGGUUAAGGUUCCGUUCUGCUCUGAGAAACAGACCGGUUGCGAUGUCGACAGAUGCGGAGAUCACGGCGAGUGCGAGGCUGUUGGGGCUGAUGACUACACUUGUGAUUGCGAGGACGGGUUUGAGUUCGAUGAGAGCGCUGGAACUUGUAUGCCUAAACACUCUAAAUAUCGAACUGUUUAUGGUGACAAGGCUCUUGGAGAUGAUGCUCACAGUUACGCUUCUUGCAAUGAGGGAGAGAAAGUUAUGAGGUGUCACACAUUCGGAAUGCCCGGUGCUGCUGAUGGUGUCACCAUCACCUCUUCAAACGGGGUUGCCAGGUGUGAGGCUAGAGCGUCCAACAGCAAGAAGUUCCCAAUCAUGGCAGUUGCAUAUUGUGGUGAUGACUCUGUCUUCACUGAUCCUUGCACCCAAGAUGAAAUCCAUGGAAUAGAAUACAGGAACAAAGCAGACAAGUCCCCCUCAGUAGAGUGUCCGGGAGGGUACGUCAUGGAGAGUUGCAUCUUCCACAGUCCCUGGUCUCAACAACUGACUGCCGAGAACAAGUCGCGUAUCAACAGUAUCGGUGCUGUUGAUAUCAAUGAUGAUGGAACCUGUUCCAUGGACAACUGUUUGAGCAACCCGGCUGGUCAUCAGUGGUGUAAACUUACUGCUGUCUGUAAGAAACUGACUGGUUCGGAGUACCUCAAGACGGCUUGUCCAACCUGUGAACAAGUGCGGUGCCCUGCAGAACAAGAGUGCCAGAUGGUUAAGGAACUCCCGAUGUGUGUACCUAGGAUACCUGGUGGUUGCGAGGAAGACAAAUGCGGCAAAGGAGAGUGCCAGGAGGACGGUCCCAACUACAAGUGUCUGUGUGAUGAGGGAUACAAGUUCGAUGGUGAGACCUGCUCUGAUGUGGACGAGUGCCCCGAGGAACCUUGUGGAAAUGGAGAGUGUACCAACACUCCUGGAUCUUACACAUGUGAGUGCAACAAAGGAUAUGAGCUUGUUCACGGGACCUGUGAAGAUAUUAACGAGUGCCUGGACACCCCUUGUGAUGACACGGAGAGAUGUUCUAAUGUUGAAGGAAGUUUCAUCUGUGACUGCCUCGACACAUUUGUAAAGGACCCUAAAACAAAAGACUGUGUGUGCACUGACGGAUAUGAAAAUGAAGACGGGAAAUGUGUGGAUAUCGACGAGUGCGAGGAUAGUCCUUGUGGAGAAAACCAGGACUGUUUCAAUGAAGUAGGCAACUACCACUGCGAGUGCACAGAAGGAACAGAGAAAGGACAAGACGGAUCGUGUAUGGCAUUACAACUUGUUGACUGUGAUAUUAAGCCUAAGAAAGAAAAGGUCAAGGGAUUCAAGGGAAUGAACGUAAAUGUCAAGCUGGUGGGGGAGAAGAAGAAGACGUUGAAGAAAUACGCCACAAUCACGUGGGAGAAGAACAACGACCCCUGGAAGCCAAAGGAUGAUGGAAAAGACAAACUUAACGGCUUCAUGAUCAGGGACUUUGAUGUUGAUGACGUUGGUGUGUAUGUCGGUUCUAUCUUUAUCGACCAAGACGGCGAGGUCUCCAAAUGUGAGGUCGAGGUGGAAACUGAACUCGUUGAGGGUUCAGUUACACUGACGGUAGAAAACGAGGAAGCUCUUAUGAAGCCACAGAAGGCUGGCAAGGAACUCAAAAUCAAAUGCGACCUUGAUUUGGAUAACGUAAAAUUAGACGACCCUAAGAGUCCUGACAAUGUUAACUGGUACAAGGUUACUGAGGAUGGUGAAGAGCUGAUGGAUGACUCGGACACCAUAGGCAUCGAGAGGGGCAGGGGAGUGUAUAUCCUGGUAUUCAAGAACCCCACACCAGAAGACACUGGUACCUACCGAUGUGAGUUCGAUCAGAUGGGUAUGGAAGUAUCUGAUGACGUCACAAUCGAGGUGGUUUAAAAUGAAAACAAGAAUUUUUUAGAUGGACUUGAUUGAAAAGAGUAAAAAAAUAUACGGAAGUUUGAUUUGUGAUGCUACAAAAAUGAUUCAAUGAUAAC